GACAGAUGAGAGCGUGCAAUACUUGGAAUCGCGAGAGCAAGCAUAGGAUCCGAGGUGGGGACUCCAAGAUGAGAUACGCGUGAGCUGCUAUGUUCCGAAACGGCCGUUGGUGGAUGCUCUCGUUCCUCAGCCCACGAUCCUGGGACGCCAACAGUCGUGAGACCCACGCGGCGCAGUGCACUGACAGCGGGCGACACCGAUUGUCGACGAGUUGGACGGCCCCAUGUUGCGCUUUCGUAGCUUGCUCCGCGCGCGCAGUCGAGCGCUACGAGCCGAGGAGAGACGACAGCACCACCAUCAGCUGCUGCCCUACCCUCCACCAUCGCUCAAAUUGCCGUCAACGUGUGCACGACAACGACAGAUGGGUGGUCAAGACGCCUUUUUGUUUCGUGAAGUCGUGGUGGUACCCGACGCGUGUCAAACUGUGCAACCAAACAUCUGAACGUUUUGCACCGUCGCUGCACUUUCCCCAUUCAUCGGGAGUCGAGAUCCAAAGAGGCCUCCGCACUUCCCGUCUCUCGAUACAGGGGUUGCAUGUGUGUUUACGCACCCACGCCGCAAUCCCUGUGCCCGUUAAUCUCGGCAGCCGGUUUCAUCUUGACCGGCACGGCUGGGGGGCGGGGGAGAGCUGCCGCUUUCUGCACGUCGUCCGCACGACCACCUCGCGCACAGUUCUCGUCAGCACUCCGAGUCAGGAGACAAAGUCGCUAAUCUUGUACUGUUUCGAGACAUUUCAAACGCGCCAAACACGUUCUGAUGGGUACCAAUGUGUGCAAAGGGGGACCGGGUGCGCGUUCCUGGGAUCUGGACUCGGUUGGACAUGCGUCGUGGACGGAAAAUAAUACCCCGAGACCACGCACCACCGCACUAAGGUGGCUGCUUGCAGCGGGUACGCUAGGCGCGCCACGAGGAUCGCAGGACGAAGAGCACAUCACAUUGCAAAUGACGGAGAAUAUUUGACAAUUUCGCCAUUGUAUAUGGAGCAACAAUGGCGCCUACACCAUGAAGGGCGCC